AUGUCUCAAGAUGGUGGUACUUCACUCAUCGUUACUUUCGUUAAUAUAUGUAAAUUAAUUUUUCAAAUUAUAUGGCUCAUUGUUAGACAAUUCUUAUGUAAUGUGAUUUGGCAAGGUACUGUUAAAGAAAAUAAACAACAAAAUGAAAAUAUUAAGGAUAUUGUAGAUUUAGUUAAAGCUCAAGGAUAUAUUGUACGAGAAUAUGUUGUUAAUACUAGAGAUAAUUAUUUAUUAGUAUUACAUAAGAUUGAAAAACCAGAUAAAUCAAAUUAUUCAAAUAAUGGGAAAAUUGCUUAUUUCCAUCAUGGUUUAUUGACUAAUUCUGAAUUGUUUGUAUUAGGAACUUCAAAGGAAAAGAAUUUACCUUUUUUAUUAUUAGAUUUAGAUUAUGAAGUAUGGUUAGGAAAUAAUCGUGGAAAUAAAUAUUCUAGAAAGCAUCUAACUUUAUCAGCAUCAGAUAUCAAGUUUUGGGAUUUUUCCUUAGAUGAAUAUGCUUAUUAUGAUAUUCCUGAUACUUUAAAUUUUAUUAGAUCCCAUUAUAGACCAGAAGAUAAAAUUACUUAUAUUGGAUUCUCACAAGGUUGUUCUCAAUUAUUUGCAAGCUUAAGUUUACAUCCAGAUUUAAAUAAUUAUAUUAAUUUAUUUGUUGGAUUAUCUCCAGCAUUAAUACCUAGAGAUUUAAAUCAUCCUAUUUUUCAACUUAUUUCUUCUCAAGCUGCUAAAGAUAAUUCCUUUUUGUAUGGAAUAUUUGGUCGUAGAGCUAUCUUACCUUCAGUUACAUUUUGGUCUCAUAUCUUGGGUACAGAUUUAUAUAAAAGGGUAGUUGAUAAAUCUUUAGUAUAUUUAUUUGGUUGGUCAGGUAAAAAUAUUAGUAAUGAUCAAAAAGAGUUGGGGUAUCCUCAUAUGUUUUCUAAUAGUUCUGUCAAGUCUAUUACACACUGGUUUCAAAUAAUAGAAUCAAAGAGAUUUCAAAUGUUUGAUGAGACUGGAUCUCUUGGUCUAACUAAAUUAUCAGUGUUAUUUGAUUCUUCUAAAGCAAAGGGACAUCGUGUAACCCCAUUUCCAGUAUCUCAUCAUUUAAAUAUACCGAUGGUAUUAUUUUAUGGUGAUGAAGAUAUAUUGGUUUCAAUAGACAGUACAACGAAUAUCAUUUUGGGUAGUAAUGAAAAGAUGAAAAAUAAAUUAAAACUUAUCUUAUGUAAGGGUUAUGAACAUAUGGAUACUUUAUGGAGUAAUAAAGUUUAUGAAGAUGUAUUUUCCAUAGUAGUUAAUGAAAUGGAACAACUACAUAGUAGAGAAAAGAAACCAAUUCCAUAUCUUGAGGAAUGGGUCAAUCCAAUCAAUGGUUCUCUAAAGAAACCUUAA